ACCACCGCUGCCGCCAAGAUGGGCAACACCACCACCACCUCGGUCGCCACCACCACAGCUACCACCAAGAGGAGGAGUGAGGAAACUGUGAACGAGUUCUUCGCCAAAGCCAAAGCAGAUUUUCUUAAAAAAUGGGAAAAUCCCACUCAGAACACGGCCCAAUUAGAUCACUUUGAAUGCAUCAAGACCCUCGGCGCUGGCUCCUUCGGGCGCGUCAUGCUUGUCAAACACAAGGAGACCGGAAAACACUAUGCCAUGAAGAUACUUAACAAACAGAAGGUGGUGAAGCUGAAACAGAGUGAGCACAUCCUGAAUGAGAAACGCAUCUUGCAGGCCGUAAAUUUCCCAUUCCUCGUCAAACUUGAGUUCGCCUUCAAGGACAACUCCAACUUGUACAUGGUCAUGAAGUAUGUGCCAGGCGGAGAGAUGUUCUCACACCUUCGGCGGAGUGGGAGGUUCAGCGAACCCCAGGCUCAGUUCUACGCGGCCCAGAUCGUAUUAACCUUCGAGUACCUGCACUCGCUGGAUCUCAUCUACCGAGACCUCAAGCCCGAGAACCUUCUCAUCGACCAACAGGGCUACAUCCAGGUGACAGAUUUCGGUUUUGCCAAACGUGUCAAGGGUCGCACCUGGACCCUGUGCGGGACCCCUGAGUACCUGGCCCCUGAGAUUAUCCUGAGCAAAGGCUACAACAGGGCCGUGGACUGGUGGGCCCUGGGAGUGCUCAUCUACGAGAUGGCGGCAGGUUACUCUCCAUUCUUUGCCAGCCAGUUCAUUCAGAUCUACGAGAAAAUAAUCUCCGGAAAGGUGCGGUUCCCGUCUCACUUCAGCUCCGACCUGAAGGACCUGCUGCGGAACCUGCUACAGGUGGAUCUCACCAAGCGCUUUGGGAACCUCAAGAACGGGGUCAACGACAUCAAGUACCACAAGUGGUUUGCCACCAUAGACUGGAUCGCAAUCUACCAAAGAAAGGUGGAAGCUCCGUUCAUACCAAAGUGCAAAGGUCCUGGGGACACGAGUAACUUUGACGACUAUGAUGAGGAGGAGAUCCAGAUCUCCAGCAGUGAGAAGUGUGGCGACGAGUUUAUUGAUUUUUAGGACUUGGCCCGUGUCCCCAUGGGUUUUCUUUUUUCUCUUUUUUCUUUUUCUUUCAGGGGUGGGUAGAGAUGGUAGGGUUGGACUGAACAGCCCGAGGACCCCCAGAGUUCCUUGCAUCCAACUUCACCCCCCCCCAUCCUACCCUCCUGCCCCUACCAGCCCACUUUGGCCUGUUUUAAAGAAGUUCAUCAACAGCAGCAUGACUGGGUCUUACUGAUGUGUCCAGCGACCGGGUGCAGAAAAAUCCCACCCCACCCCCC